GUCCAAAACAAACGUAUUUUUCUGUCAAAUUAUUUUUUUUUAAAUUUAACUUAUAACAGUUUAUAAAACUCUGUAAAACUUAUUUAACUACAAAAAACAUUAGUAAAAUGGCUACAAAAAAGAAAAAGCAGCUUUUAAAAGACGACGAGAUACGGGAGACUAUAACUUUAGUGCAAAAACGUUUCCCACAAUACCCUAUUAGUCCAGCUAUGAUCAGAAACCCCUCAAAGGAUUUCGUAUUGGGCUUCUAUUCGAGAUGUGUAGAAGAGAUAGAAAAUGCCGUGGCUGAGGUCACAAGGACUCGUCGUCUGCAUCUACCCUCGACUUUUAGCGAAGAAGAAGCGAUUUUCUACAGACUUUCGAAAAUUCCCAUGCUCAUGCAAGAGGUCGACUUCAAAUUAGGCGACUUGUACCAAUUCGAUCCCAAAAGACUCAACACCCACAUGUUUAUAGUGGCCCAUUUCAUGGUCUAUCUGCAGUCCAUCAAGGACGAAACUACCCAGAUAUGCGAUAGGGUGUUUGAUGCCAAAGAGAAGUACAAACAAAUCGAAGAAGAUGUCCAAAUGUUGAAAGAGAAAAAAAUUCAAAAACAGCUUGUUUUAACAAACUUAAAGCAAAUAAGUUUGGACCUGAAAGAUGAGGCUGCCCAGUUAUUGCCACACUACGAAAAAGCUAUGGAAUUGAUAGAGAAAUCAGAGGAAAAAUGUAAAGAUAAGCUUUUGGAGAUAGAGCACGCCAAAAAUGAAUUGAAAAACUUUGAAGAAGAGAUAGAAAAACUUGAAAGAACAAAACAAGAGCUGCAAGGCCUGGUAAUUACUGAAACUGAAUAUCACACUCUAAAAAAUAAGCUGGAAAGUUUAAAAGUAGAGGAGAGUAACUUGGAAGAUAUCGAUAUCAAUAAUAUUUUACUAGAGCAGAAACAGAAAAUUGAAUACCUCCAAACUUGUCUUGCUAAACUAGAUCAGCUAGAAUUACCUCCGGAACUUUAUAAACUACACGAGUGUCGUGCUGAGUUAAAGGACAUAGAUCAAAAGUUAGAACAUGUUAUCAACUUGAAAAAAGAGAAAAAAGCUGAAAUUGAGGCCCUGCAAGCGCAGUUAGAGUCAGAGAAAUUGGAUCUUGAAAAGGUGAAAAAAGAUUUGAAAAAUUCUCAAAAACGGGCCGAUCUAGGUAGACAGAAAAAGGAAGAAUUAAACAAAGCCAAAGAGUAUGAAAAAAACAAUAACGAAUUGAAAAAACAAAAAAAGAAAAGGGUUUUAGAGAAAAUAGAGGCCGAUUACGACACUAUAAAAGUAGAUGUCGAGGAGAAAUACGGACAGUAUUGUCAGAUUCAAGAUGGAGCUAUGAACAAAUUAAAGUCGAUUAUACAGAAAACAAAUCCUCAAUUGCCUAAAUAAAAUUGUUUUAUUAGUUUUUAAGAUAUAAGAAUUUAUAAUUA